UCAUGGAUCCUCAGCCCGAGCCUGUCAGUUAUCUUUGUGGAGAUUGUGGAGUGGAGAAUACCAUAAAGUCUGGAGAUGUUAUUCGGUGCCGUGACUGUGGUUAUCGUAUCCUUUACAAGAAACGUACACGCCGCAUUGUCCAGUAUGAAGCACGUUAAGAACAUUGUGAGGACUCUUGCAAAUAAUUGUAUUGAAAUGUUGAAAUAUACUUGUAAGAAUUGCUCUAGCACAUGGACCUGUAAUGUAAAAAUUGAAAGAACUAUUUUCAUUACUGCAAUUUUCUGAUUUCUUCCACUAUGCAGUUCCAUUUUAGUGAUAUGUUGAGGGCCAAGUUUGUUUCUGGCGGCUAUGUAUGCUAGAACUGGAGUGUUGGUCCUUUGUUAAUAAGAAUUAUCCCUUUGAUUUAA